AUGGCCCCCAUCAGAAUCGGACUCAUUGGCCUAAGCACCUCCUCAAAAGCAACCAACUGGGCCGUACUGGCUCAUCUCCCAUACCUACAAUCGCCGCUAGGACAGUCUCACUACAAGAUCGUCGCCCUCUGUAACUCUUCCGUGGAAAGCGCAAAGAAGUCCAUUGCACACUUCAACCUCUCCCCCACCAUCAAAGCUUACGGGUCUGCUAGGGAUCUUGUCACUGACCCCGACGUCGAACUCGUGGUGAAUGUCACGGGCGUCGAAAGCCACUACGAUGUUCUACUCCCAGUAGUCAAGGCAGGCAAGGAUGUGUACAGCGAACUCCCGCUGGCGUCGAAUAUGGCACAGAUGCGAGAAUUGAUUGACGCGGCUAGGGCAAAGGGCGUAAAGACAAUCUUUGGAUUACAGGGGCAAGCUCAUCCAGUUGUCCAUUUGAUCAAGAAGAUGAUCGUGGGGGACAAAAUUGGGAAACCUCUGAGUACGACUUUGACCGCAACCACUGGUUCGUCGCUGGAUAGACCUUUGCCCAUUGCGUUCAAGAUGCUGGCAGAGCGUAAGGCAGGUGGCAAUUUUGCCACUAUCUGGUUCUUGCACAGUAUAAACUGCCUCCUCGACACCUUUGGUGAACUCGACUCUUUCAACAGUAUCAUGGGUACUGAUCACCCUGCACUCGACCUCAUAGACCCAUCCAAGGGCACCGAGAUCAUCGACACGAUCGCAAAGGACUGUCCAGAUAACACACACCUCCAAGGCCGGUUCUCCAGCGGCACACUACUCACCUACCAACUUCGCGCUGGCCCUUCUUUCCCAGGCGAACCUGGUUGUCGCUGGAUUAUCAAUGGCACGAAAGGCGACAUUCUCAUCACUAACCCCCGCGGAUGCUUCGAUAUCGAGCAUUCCGGCAUCAAGAUCCAAUACCGCAAAGCUGGCGAGAACACAGCAGAGGAAGUGAUGUUGGAGGAAGACAAUUUGAGCGGGCUUGAACAUCCGGCUCAGAACGUGGGCAGGGUGUUUGAGGCUUUUGCGAAGGGAGAGGCGGAAAAAUAUGCGGAUUGGAAGACUGCGAUGAGGAGGCAUAGUUUCAUUGACGAGAUGUUUGAGAGGGGCGAUAGAGAAGGAGCUUUUGACUAA